AUGAGGCCGACUUGGUACUUCACCCUCACUGCUAGCGCCGCAGCUUUGGCGAGCCAUGGAGCUGAUGCAACGCCGUUCGCCAACAACCCGGUGACCAUCGUGUCCAGCGCGACGUCGCUCUCGCACACCAGUCCCGCCUUCGGUGGCAUUGCUCCGGGCACUGACCUGACCAAACUCACUUACGAAGUGCACGAGUACACCGUCAUGACGUUCAACCGCAGCACGUCGACGCACCAGAGCACGAGCACCUCUACCACGACCGACAGUAAUGGCAAAACAACUACGAGCACCAACGACAUCCAGAAGCUCGAGAACCACUUCGGCUCUCGAUUGGAGCUGAACGUCAACAACUUGGCUUCAAAUGCGGCGUUCCACACGCAGCCAUGGCCCAGCAGCUACUGGGCGAUCUACCUGGACGGUAUCAACUACCGGUGGGCGUCUCACACCGAACCCAGCGCGACAGAGAAGUACGCCAGCGCCUUUGGGAUCGACCCGGACACGCUCAUGACGGCCGUGUCCAAGUCCACGGGUGUCAUGUCAAUGUCCGACCGACCCAAGUGCUCCACGAACUGGGACUGCGCCGGCCAGAAGGACGGGAGUGUCUGCAGUCGUCGUGAGGGGCAAUACGAGGGCUACUGCAUUCCGACGUGGUUUGGUAUCUGCCACGCCUGGGCGCCCGCUGCUCUGCUUGAGCCUGAACCAAACUGCGCUGUCCAGCACAACGGCGUGACCUUCCAGCCCAUGGACAUCAAGGCUCUGAUCUCGGAGAUCUACGAUGGAGCGAACAUCGCCACGGUCUUCACAGGCGCCAGGUUCUACGGACCCGACUCGAAGGACACCACGGACGAGUACGGCCGAUACACGGACUCUUCCCGUCGUGACAUGGGUCCAGGCUUCAUGCACGUCGCGCUUGCCAACAUUAUCGGACGCUUCGGUACUUCGGUAGUGGUGGACGUGUCGGCCGGCGCUGAGGUCUGGAACCAGCCUGUGUACAGCUACAAAGUUCUCAGUCAGACGGAAAUGACGCCUACCGACGCUGCCAACCAGUACUUUGGGGUCUCCCAGUACCCGUUCAACAGCGCGGCUCAGCGCAUCAUGUAUGUUGAGAGCAAGGUUUCGUGGAUGAUCGAGACGUUCGAAGACGGUGGACUGGUGUCCUCGGGUCGCGCCUCGAGGUACAUGACGGGCAAAAAGUACACGUACCUGCUCGAGCUCGACAACGACUACAACGUUCUCGGCGGUGAGUGGGUGGGCGAGUCGAAGACGGAUCACCCGGACUUCCUCUGGCUGCCCAAGGCACGGCCGGAUCUGAGCUUGGUCACGGACGUUGGUUUGAGCUACCAGAACGUCCGCAUGCUGCUGGAGAAGGCCACCAACUGCUAG